AUGAAUCCAUUUUAUUCAUCAUUUCUUUCUCAUCUCACAUCUCAACAGCAACAACAACAAUUACUUCUUACUCAAUUUUUACUUUCUGGAGCUACUUGUCCUCCAGUUAAUCCACUUGCAAAUGCAUUGCAAUUUCUUCUUCAUAAUAGUGCGCUUUUUUUACAACAGCAAAAUUUAUCAUCAUCCUUGAUCGAUAGUAAUAAACCAAACGAAUCAAUUUCACCUGUAAAUUUGAAACAUAAACAUGAUUUAAAUAUAUCAGUACCAAUUGAUUGCAGCUUAUCUGAUACAAAUGGAAAAUCAACAUUAGAUGAUGAUGAUAAUUCACCAACAAUUGCAACAACACUUGCUACAUUACCUAUGAAUAGUAAUGAAACAACAACAAUUGACGGUAUCAAUUUAGAAGAAAUCAAACAAUUUGCAAGAAUAUUUAAAUUACGUCGAUUAGCACUGGGUUUAACUCAAACUCAAGUUGGUCAAGCCUUAAGUGUUACUCGUGGACCAGCUUAUAGUCAAUCGGCAAUAUGUCGUUUUGAAAAACUUGAUAUAACACCAAAAAGUGCAUCAAAAAUAAAACCCGUUCUUGAAAAAUGGAUGCGAGAAGCUGAAUUAAAAUAUGCUGAUAGACUGAAAAAUGGUCCAGCAAAUUUACAAGAUCUUGUUACUGAUCUUAAUACGCGAAAACGUAAAAGACGUACAUCAUUUACACCACAAGCACUUGAAAAAUUAAAUGAUGCAUUUGAAUUAAAUACACAUCCAUCUGGUAUCGAUAUGUCAUCACUUGCUCAAGACCUAAAUUAUGAUCGAGAAGUAAUACGUGUUUGGUUUUGUAAUAAACGUCAAGCAUUAAAAAAUUCGGUCAAAAAAUUUAAAUCUAAUGAGAUAAAUGAAGAUAAUGAAUCGACGUCUAGUUUAUUAAUGGAUAAUAAUUUAAGUGAUACAACAAAUUAUUUCAAAGCUGAACAAGAUGAAAUUUUAUCAUAA